CCACUACUUGCACCACUUAGGGCAUUCGUUCGUGAGGGAUACCUGACCAAGAUAUGUCGAAAGGAACCAAAGAAGAGAUGGUUCAUACUAUUCAGUGAUGCCCUUGUCUAUGGAACAAAGACAGAGACAACAGUUGCCAACCCAAUAUACAAGUUCCAUCGUUUGCUACCACUUGCCAACUCCAAGAUCGUCAACCUCGAUGACAAAGAUUCCAAGUACAAGUUCUCAUUCCAGAUCAUUCAUACAACAAAGUCAUUCACGGUGUUUGCCGAGAAUGACUUGGAGAAGAACAAUUGGAUCACUGCAUUGGAGCUACAGUUGAAGUUCUUGUCACAGAAUGAGGGAUCAGUGGCGAGAAUGAAUAGACAGUACAGUAACAUCAAGAUGAUCCUUCCAAAGAGUGGUGAGGAGGAGAAGUCCACCACUGCUCCAGUCUGGAUUCCAGACAACGAAGCGGUCCAAUGCAUGGAGUGUAAUUCAAAGUUCACGGCCAUUAGAAGAAGGCAUCACUGCAGAAGAUGUGGAAAUGUAGUAUGUGGCAAGUGCUCUGAUCAAUCAUUCAAGUUGGACAAUCAUAGCAAGCCAGUGAGAGUGUGUCGAUCAUGUUUCUCAUAUCUGUCGGUGGCCUCGGCAAGAAAGGAAGAGAACGAGCCGGCUGCAGAGGAUGCUCAAGACACAGAGUCCGUGGCCCAGGACACAACAACAACGAAGAACACAUCAUCGUUGGCAGCAGGGGAAAACGAUUCAAUGCUGUCCGAUAUUGAGAGCGAGUCAGAGGGAUCCAUGGUCAACGACUCCAUGUCCGAGAUGCCCAACAUCACUCUCCCAGCACUGCCCGGCCAGGAUGCACCGGCCGUAUCAUUGUCACCAUACUCCAACUCUUCCACCAGCCUGCCCCACUACCAACCAUCGACCAAUGAUGGCUCAGUCACUCUGCCCGCAUUGCCAUCGAUUGGCCAGAGUCCAUCGCCAACUCAACAUCACUACGCCCCUUCGUCGCCAACACAUCCAAACAACGUGUCCAAGACAUCGUCUCAGAGCAACCUGCUCUCCUUUUGUAACCUGGUGCUCCAGUCCACGCCACAUGUGGAGCCAGCCAGUCCUCCUGUAAAGAAAUCACCAAACGAUCAAUCAUCGGAUCGAUCGAAAUUGCCGCUCAACAACUACAACGCACCUCCACCAUCAACACCGCCACAGCUGAUAUUGCCACCAACCACUCCCGACUACUCGACCGCCAAGGCGACAGACGAGUUCACGCUGCCAGUUAUCAAGUCCAUAUCACCUCAGCCACAGGCAUUGGAGCCAGAGAUCACUCUGCCAAUGAUUGUCAACAGCCACAACCUGACCUCAUCGACCUCCUUCCCAACACAAACUCCUCAUCCACUCAAGCCAGAGUCGAAGCGAUUCACCUACGCCUAUCAGAAUGCUCCAUUGGGCAGCCCACCAAACAGCAACAACAACUUCAACAACAACAACAACAACAAACCAUCACCUGUGAUGUCACUUAGUACUUCACAACAACUACCAUCCAGACCCCAACAACAACAACAACAACCUUUGGCAAAGCCAGCAGCACCCCUCAAGACACUUCCAACACCGCCACAAAAGAAGAGCCUUCCACCUCUUCCAUCGACGCCUGCAGCACCAGCAACCUCUGCAGCUCCAGCAUCGAUUGAGGUCUCCCGCUCAAUGUCAUCGUCGUCACUCAGCUCAUCGGGUGGAGCCCCGCCUCCUCUGCCACCCAAGCGUAAACCAAUCGCACUAUCUCCAACAGGUGGUGCACCAGCCUCACCGACACAACAGCAACAGCAUCAGCAUCAGCAUCCAACAUCGCCGCUUAGCUCUUCAAGUGAAGGAAACAAGCCACCUCCCCUACCACCCAAGCGAGGAAACCCAGUUCGAUGA